AACGCCAGCAGUUUGCACGUGUUGAAUUUGGAUUCUUUUUUGUUUUAUUUUUAUCUGUUUUGAAGCGCCAUGGCCGCGCUGGACUCUGCGAUUAAGAAAAAGCGCAUUUCAAAGAAGAACAAAUCCGCCUGGCGCAAGACCGACAUACAAGAUGUCGAACAGUUUCUAGAGGAUCAGCGUCAAGAGGAGCGUAUUGGCACCUUUACAGACAAGAAGGAUGAGGAUCUGUUUGUGGUGGACUCGUCGCCACUCAAGCCUGCACCCGUGCUGCUGACCAUAAGGCAGAAGCGCAAAUUGAAUGCCCUGAAGCCCAUGCGCACAUAUCAGGCACUAGAGAACACAUCCAAGGUGCAGGAUCCCAUUGUGAAGCGUAAUCAUGUGAAUCAGAAGAAAAACGGACGCAACAUUGAACUGGAGGUCUGCAAUCCCACCAAGGGGCGUCAUCGUCAGGCCAACAGCGAUCGGGCACGUUACUACGAAAAGCUGGACAGUCGCCUGGCGGAUCAGGAGAAAGGUCGCAGGCGUGGUGCUCCAGCUGACAAAGAUGUUUGGGUCGAGGAGGACUUUCGCGAUAAAAUACCCGGCCUCAAGGAUGAAAAGGGUUGGGUCAGUCGCGAUCUGGCUGUGCAUAUUGCCGGCAACGUGGGUCGCAAGGUGGUCAAAACGCACUCCAGUCUCCAUCAUAAGACAACCAAGGCCAAAAAGUUUGAGCCUCCGCAUCCGGGCAUGAGUUACAAUCCCUCGCUGCAGGCGCAUCAGGAUCUGUUGGCGCAGGUUGUGCAGCACGAGGAGGGUGUCAUUAAGAAGGAGCAGCAUCUGAAGCGCGUCACCACCAGCAUGUUUAGCAAGGUGACGCCCGAGGAGCGCGACAAGCGUCGAAUUUUGGAAAUGAGCGAGGGCAUUCAGCAGGAGGGAGAGGCAGAGGCUGAGGAGGAGCAGCCUGAAGAGGAUCAGAAGCAGUCGACGGCUUAUCAAACAGUCAAUGCUCCUGUGGAGAAUAAGAAGAAGAGCAAACAGGCACGCAACAAGGAGCUCAAGCAAAAGGAACUCCAGCGUAUUCACGAGGCCAAAAAGGCGCUCAAGAAACAGACCGCAGAUCUGAUCAGAAUCAAGUCCAUACGUGCCGAGGUAAAAGAGGAGGCCGAGGAGCUCAACGAGCUGAAGAAACAUCGCAAGGCGAAGGCGGAGCGCAAAAAGUUCGAGCCAAAGCGUUUGGGUCGCCACAAGUUCGAGGAGCCGGAUUUGGAUGUCAAUAUGCCAGAGGAUUUGGCCGGCAAUCUGCGCAAUGUGAAGACGGAGAGUAAUCUGCUCACAGAUCGCUUCAAGCUGCUCCAGAAGCGCAACAUUCUGCCCACAACUGUGGCCGGCACACACAAGAGGUCAAAGGUGAAGCGUUUUCCACGCAACUCCCACAAGGAUGCCGGCGUCAGCUAUCAGGAUCUGCGCGAUCAACGCAAGGCGGCCGCUGCCAAGGCCAAGGCCAACAAGGACACCAUCCAAAUUUAGUCUAGGUCGAUUCUAUUCUCCUUUUAUUAUUACACAAACUGAUAUAAAACAAGCUAUAAAAAUAGAUCAACUAAAUCGGAGAUUUUA